CCUCUACCCACAAGGCAUCGCCUGACAAACAAACAAACAGAUUUCAAGAUGGCGGCGGACAGUGACCCUGAGUCGGAAGUGUUCGAAAUCACGGACUUUACGACGGCGUCGGAGUGGGAGAGAUUUGUGUCAAGAAUUGAAGAAGUACUGAACAAUUGGAAACUGAUUGGAAGCACUGCAAGGAAUCUUUUGGAAAAGGGUGAAUUCACUUCUGGAGUGUGGGAGGAGAAGUCUGAUGAAAUUUCUUUCGCGGACUAUAAAUUCAGUAUAACACACCAUUAUCUCAAACAAGAAUAUCUGACUGAUAAAGAAAUAAAAGAAGAAUCUGAAGAAGAUGCUCUUCCUGAAGCAAUGCAGGAUUUACUAUCCAUGAGCAAUGAUUUUCCACCCAGGGCGCACUGUCUUGUCAGAUGGUAUGGUUUACGAGAGUUUGUGAUAAUUGCUCCAGCAGCAAGUAAUGAUGCGGUCGUCAGUGAAUCAAAAUGCAACCUACUGCUCAGCUCCAUCUCUAUUGCAUUGGGAAACACUGGGUGUCAGGUGACUCUAUUUGUGCAAAUUCAACAAAAGUCUCGGAGAAUGUAUGUGGGCGCGUGUGAAGGUCCUGGUGUACGGACAGAUUUUGAAAUGGUUCAUCUUCGGAAAGUGCCAAACCAAUACCAUCAUUUAUCUGGUCUACUAGAUAUUUUUAAAUCAAAGAUUGGAUGCCCCUUGACACCUUUGCCCCCAAUAAGUGUAGCUAUUCGGUUUACAUAUGUCCUUCAAGACUGGCAACAAUACUCCUGGCCCCAGCAGCCCCCAGAUUUUGAUGCAUUGGUUGGAGGAGAAGUGGGUGGUCUAGAAUUUGGAAAAUUACCAUUUGGAGCAUGUGAAGACCCGAUAAGUGAAUUACAUUUAGCCACCACGUGGCCUCAUCUCACAGAAGGCAUUAUUGUCGAUAACGAUGUAUAUUCGGACCUUGAUGCUGUACAAGCUCCCCAGUGGUCUGUUAGAGUAAGGAAGGCUGAUAAUCCCCAGUGCUUAUUGGGAGAUUUUCUUACCGAAUUCUUCAAACUUUGUCGUCGAAAGGAAUCAACUGAUGAACUUCUCGGAAGGUCAGCUUUUGAAGAUGAAACCAAAGAAAGCACAGAUAUCAGCCAAGCAUUGCAGAAGCUCACAGAGCCAACCACAGUUCACAUGCCUAGACUAUCCACUAUGUCAAAUAUGGUUCACAGCGCUCGCAAGAGGAUGCAUAGACAUAGACGUGUGGAAGAGUCACCAAUUAGCAAUGAAGUUCUAAACUCCAUUUUAAUAUUUCUGUUCCCAGAUGCUGCUGGUGAUGUGUCUAACGCUAAACGUAGUACCUCAAGAGGAAGUAAUGUCGCUACGUUUGAGGAAGAGAGUUAUAAUCUUUAUUGCCAAUUUAAAUCUGCUCCCUCAGACAGUCUGACGUACAAACUGUCAUUGUGUCUUUGUAUGGUUAACUUUUAUCAUGGAGGAAUGAGGGGCGUAGCCCAUUUAUGGCAGGAGUUUGUGUUGGAAAUGCGGUACAGAUUGGAAAAUAAUUAUCUUAUACCAGGGUUAGCUACCGGAGCUCCAGAUUUAAAAUGCUGCCUGUUACAUCAGAAACUGCAGAUGCUGAAUUGCUGCAUUGAGAGGAAAAAAGCAAGAGACGAUGGAAGGAAACAAACAGCUGAAAAUGCACUGGGCGAUUCCAUGGAGAGGAAGGUGUCAAGUAGCAAAGUGACACCAGAAUGCCUUAAAGGAGAAACGUCUCAGCAGAAAUCGUGGGACUCGUGGAGUGAUAGUGAAGAUGAGUUUUUUGAAUGUCUGAGUGACACAGAAGAAUUGCAAGAUGGUGACAUGAAAGAAGAAGCAGCAAAAGGAGAGGAGAAAGAUGGUGGGAAGAAGGAUAUCCAUAAGUGGAGACCUGAAGGGCGUCUUCAUCAACAUGGCAACUUGACUCUGAUUUGUACAGGAGAUCCACUUUAUAUUCCAGUUACACAGGAACCAGCACCAAUGACAGAAGAUUUAUUGGAAGAACAGUCAGAAGUCUUAGCUAAAUUGGGAACAUCAGCUGAAGGAGCACAUCUACGUGCUAGAAUGCAGAGCGCCUGUUUGCUGUCAGACAUGGAAUCUUUCAAGGCUGCAAAUCCUGGCUGUUGUCUGGAAGAUUUUGUGAGGUGGUAUUCUCCUCGUGACUACAUUGAGGAAGAAUUCACUGAUGAAACAGGUGACAAAGUUCUCAGAGGAGAGUUAAGUGCCAGAAUGAAAAUUCCUGGUAACAUGUGGGUGGAGGCAUGGGAAACAGCGAAGCCCAUUCCUGCUCGACGACAAAAACGUCUCUUUGAUGACACAAGGGAGGCUGAGAAGGUUCUUCACUAUUUAGUUGGCCUAAAACCUGCUGAUUUGACUCGACAUUUACUACCAUGCAUUUUGCAUGCUGCAUUGCUGAAAGUGAAAGAAGAAGAAUCAAUGGAAGAUAUCCCCUCUGUGAGAAAAAUAAUUCAGCAGAUUAUUGCUCAUGCUAGCAAACUUCUAAGAUAUUCAAACCCUGAUAUCAAAAAAUUGGAAGAGAUAAUUGGUCAGAUAAUAGCUUCAGAAGCCAUUAUUGCCAGAUCCAGAUCACUUCAAGCUAAAUUUGGAAUCAAGAAAUGUGAAAAGGAAGAGGAACGUGAAGAAUUGGAGAGGUUUGUGAGCCAACUCCUAGAACAGCCUGAAGUACCAGUCAUUGGAGCAGGACGAGGGCCCACAGGGAGCAUUAUUUACAAACUUUUUGUGAAUGCACAGAGGCUGGCUGAUUCUACUGAAGAGACUGCUACUCUGACUCCAAUUGAUGAUGAACCUAGAAAGCCAGAUUCUUCUGAAGAGCACAGGUCAAGCUCAGGAACAGUAUCAGAAUUUCCUCCUCCAACUGGACGUGAAAUAAUUCUCCGGACAUCUGCACCUCGUCCUGCACCAUACUCCAAAUCUUUACCGCAACGCAUGUACUGUGUUAUGUUAAAAGAUGACUUCCGUCUAGCUGGAGCAUUUUCAUCAGAUACAUCAUUCUUUUAGGAUUUGAAUAUUUGAUCAUUCAACCCAUUAAAAUAUUAUCAUAUCAAAUAUUUCAAUGUCAUUCCUACAUAGGUUCACAUAGUCGAGUAGACUUUUAAGAGAAUAUGUUUGGGCUCUAUGUUAAACAUCGGUGGCCCAAUCUAAAAUGCUAUUAAUUUUUUUCAAGUUAACAGUGUGACAAGUACAAUGCAUGCACAUGUAGAAAACUUGCAUUGAUUCUCGCAGCAGUGCAGAUAAUGGUCUGAAUCUCAAUUUCAGCAUAAAUAUUUUAAGUAUAGUUAUAAUUAUGAAACUGUUCACAUGUAAAAUGAAACUGAUUAGUGCAUUGUGAAUUUUGAUAUGGUCAUUACUUCAGUUGCUAUUUUGGUUAAUGCAGGAGUAGCAACAUUGUUUAUAGAACUGUCAAUCAUGUGGAAGAAUUUUGCUCUGUAACAUGUACUCCACAUCAAAGACAUUGCUGGUUGUGGAUGCUUUAAGAAUUUUAUUGCGUUAAUAAAUCUUAUUAAAGCAGGUUUUUUUUCUUGUAAAAACCCUGGACUCACGAGAUCAAAAAUAUGCCUAAACUAGACUCCAGUACUUUCUAGGGUAGAGAUUUGUAUGAAUUAACGUUCCUGUGGCUAACUUGUUCUACAAACCUACAAUUUUCCCUCCAGUGUAAAAAUGAAAAGGAUGUGUUGAUAGAAAGUACUCAGUGCUGUUAAAGAAUGAGAUCGAGUGUUGAGCAAUGAGUCAUUCUUUGUAAGAAUUUCUCUAGAAAAAGUGAUCAUAAGGAUAUAAUUUUAUAUUGAGUUUGUGAUUUGGUUAAGACCUUGUUUGUCAAUCUGAAGGUUAAAUUCCUCUACUACAGUAUUAUUUACAUUUUGAACUGCUGAAAUCUUGCUUAAAACUCUCAUACUAAUGAUACUAUACAUAUUUUAUAGUUUCAGUCAUGGUAGGCUGUGAUGUCAUUAAACCUUAAACAUAGAAGACAGAAGCGAGGGCUGUCUUUCACGAUCAUGGCUGCUCAUCUAACUCAGUAGGCUAAUCCUGCUUUCUCCCUAUAACCUUUGAUCCCAUUCACCCAAGUGUUAUAUCUAAUGGAUACAUUCAAUUUUUUGGCAUUAACUACUCCCUGUGGUAAUGUAUUAUACAGGCUCGCCACUCUGGGUGAAGAAAUGUCUCAUCUCUGACCUAAAUUGUCGACACCAAAGUCCUCAGACUGUGACCCCUGGUUCUGGACACACCCACCAUUGGGAACAUCCUCCCUGCAUCUAUCUUUGUGGUUAUAAUAAGUUAUAACAAAAAUAUUUACUGUGUGUAGUAACAACUCUGUUCUAAUACCAUCCAUUAUCAGUGCAAGCCUUCAUCAUGUAUGCUAGUAUUUUUAAAUAUAAAGUGUGAAAGAAGUGCACACAAUUGUUAAUUCUGGGAUAAUGGGAACUGCAGAUGCUGGAGAAUUCCAAGAUAAUAAAAUGUGAGGCUGGAUGAACACAGCAGGCCAAGCAGCAUCUCAGGAGCACAAAAGCUGACGUUCCGGGCCUAGACCCUUCAUCAGAGAGGGGGAUGGGGAGAGGGAACUGGAAUAAAUAGGGAGAGAGGGGGAGGUGGACUGAAGAUGGAGAGAAAAGAAGCUAGGUGGAGAGAGUAUAGGUGGGGAGAUAGGGAGGGGACAGGUCAAGGAGGUGGGAUGAGGUCAGUAGGUAGGAAAUGGAGGUGCGGCUUGGGGUGGGAGGAAGGGAUGGGUGAGAGGAAGAACAGGGUAAGGAGGCAGAGACAGGCUGGGCUGGUUGUGUGGUGCAGUGGGGGGAGGGGACAAACUGGGCUGGUUUUGGGAUGCAGUGAGGCAAGGGGAGAUUUUGAAGCUGGUGAAGUCCACAUUGAUACCAUUGGGCUGCAGGGUUCCCAAGCGGAACAUGAGUUGCUGUUCCUGCAACCUUCGGGUGCCAUCAUUGUGGCACUGCAGGAGGCCCAUGAUGGACAUGUCAUCUAAAGAAUGGGAGGGGGAGUGGAAAUGGUUUGCGACUGGGAGGUGCAGUUGUUUAUUGCGAACAGAGCGGAGGUGUUCUGCAAAGCAGUCCCCAAGCCUCUGCUUGGUUUCCCCAAUGUAGAGGAAGCCACACCGGGUACAAUGGAUACAGUAUACCACAUUGGCAGAUAUGCAGGUGAACCUCUGCUGAAUAUGGAAUAUUGAUAUCAUGCUGUUUUCACUUAAAAGUAAUUUGGAGGAUGCAACACAAUUGUUUGGUGACUGGUCAUUUCACUAACUGGUGGUAUAGAGCCUGUUUAAUUAAACCACAGGGCACAGUGAAGUAUUAGUACAUUGCCAGCUGGCUCAGAAGAUUAGUGUUGAUAUCGUAUGUAAACAGAUGUCAACUUUUAUUCAAUGUUGUCUUGUUUAAAACAGCUAUUUCAGCAAAACUAGAAUUUCCUUCUUAAUAGCAUUAUGGGUCAAUCCACAGCAGAAGGACUGCAGCGGUUCAAGAAGGCAGCUCACCUUCUCCAGGGCAACUAGGGAUGGACAAGAAAUGCUAGCCAGCCAGUGAUGCCCAAAUCCCACAAAUGAAUAGAAAAAAAAAAAUUAGAGGCAACCUGCAGUAGAGCACAAGACCAACCUUGGAGUUGGGUGAGGGACAAUUUCAAGUUGCUCCAUAGUUUAAUGAUGUCUUUCUACAGGAUCAUCUCCAGUCAGUGCAAGGGUAAGGUCAGACAUCCUCAACCCCAGGAACAGAGGUACACCCAGACUGGAUCCGCCUGCCUUCAUCCUGACCACACUCUCAAAUCAAUGUCAUGUGCGUCAGUGACUUGUGUUCAGCAACUUGCACGUGACAGCUUCUUAACCCCUCUGUCAGAGACUCGAACUUCCAAUAUGCAGCAGAAGACAUCUAAGGACACCUCAAGCUACAAGACAUCCUGAGUAGCAGCAUUCUUCCACCUCAGUUGCAGGCAUAGGAGUGGUAUUGCAGAUGUAUGGAUAUUAAGAAAAGACAUAGAUGUACUUUCGAUCCAUAUGUUUUCGACUUUAUUCUGUAGUGAUUACAAAUAGCUAUAUUGGUAUUGAUUAUUAUGCUUUUUUGCCUUGUUGGAAGGUAUAAACUGGGGGAGACAAUGGCCUAGUACUAUUGUUACGAGAUGAUUUAUCCAGAGGCUAGGUAAUGAUCUGGGUUCAAAUCCUGCCAUGGCAGAUGGUAAAAUUUAAAUUUCAGUUAAAAAUCUGGAAUUUAAGGACACUUGCCAAUUGUCAGAAAAACUGAUCCGGAUCACUGCUGUCCUUAUUUGAUCUUACAUGUGACUCCAGACGCACAGCAAUGUGGUUGACUCUCACCUGCCCUCGAGCAUUUAUUGUCCAAUAUAGAUAGUGAUGUCCACAUCCCAUGAAUAAAACAAAUUUCAGGACUGUUCAAAGAGAAUAGACAGUUAGAAGUUGAUUGUUGAACAGUUAGUUUUUGAUUCUUGGUUUUGCAAAUGAGCUGAAAUUCUUUUGACCUAUUUCCUUUUGACUAGCUUCCAGUACUCAGAGCAAGAGAGUACUUUUCCUGCAAUGUAGAGAUCCCUAAUGAAUGAUUCUUUCACCUUCAUAAUACACUGGUGCUUGAACUCUGGCUUGUACACAGAAGCACUUCAGUCCAGUGAUAUACAUGGUCACUUUUACUCACUAGCACAUACUAUCCCUGUAUAUUAUUAUUGAAAGGGGAAAAUGUCUGUUUGUCCAAAUGUUUUUUUAAGAAAAACCUGUCCUGUUUAGUCAGAUUUACUUGGGAGAUUACAGUUCAAUUGAUACUGCAUUUCUCCGUUUAAGAACUUCCUUGAAAUCUUCAGGUGUGACAUUCUGGUUAAAUGUUCUAUUUUAAUGGCUAUCUUAGCUAGGUUUACACUGUAGUUUUUGGUUAAUUAUGUACUGUUUUGUCUGAAACCUGGCAGCCAUUUGUGAUAUAGGGAAUUAUGCAUUUAAGAAUGACAAAUAAAUACAAAGGUUAAAGGUC